AUGGCUCAACAAAAUCAUCACACAAAUACCCCUUUGUUUUUUUGCAAUAUUUGUGAUCGAUCACAGCAACACAAAGAUAAUCACGACAUAACGGGAGUCCCUUAUAAGACUGUUAAAUUGAGUUUGGAUUCAUUAGUAGGAUCAAUCAAGCAAGUAUUAACGUUUCCGAAUAAGAAGUUGCUGAUCAUUACGGAUGUUGGACUAUUGUAUGCAAUAGUGGGAGGAAGUAUUACAAAUACGUAUAAGUUCGACCAAAAUUCAAGUUUAGAUCUUAAAUUAGUAUCGCCUUUUGAUGGCUCUUCACCAGAAUGGAAGGCAAUUCAAAUGGCUGGUUAUACAGAGGCAGUUUUGAUCAUUGCAAAAAGCAAAUCUCAAUCACUCCUUUACGGCAUUGGUGAUAAUGGAUAUUAUAGAAUGACUCAUUUCAAAGCACAAAACUUUAGAUGUGAUGUGCCAGAAAUCAUGUUCGAUCCUUUGCACAAUCUUUCUGAAAGACUACUCAGCAAAGAGGAUGGUGAAAUCACACAUGUUGGUUGUUGCUAUUCCUUUAGUGUUUGUGUUUUGAAUGGCCACGAUGUUCACUUUACAGGACAGAAUUGGCUCUCUUCAAGCAAGAACCUUGUUAGUGGAUAUCAUUGCUGGAGUCAUCGUUCUCAGACAAUGAAAACUCGAGUGGUAAAGUUAGAAUGUGGAGAUUUUCAUGUCGUUUUAUUGCACGAAGAUCAUUCAAUUUCUGUGGCUGGAAAUAACAACAAUCAUCAAUUGACAUCUACGGCAAAUUUUAUAGGGGAUGAUGUAUUUUGUACAUUGGAUCUUAACUUCCUCUCAGCGUAUGAUAUAUUUUCAGGAAGUAAUUCAAUGGUAUAUAUCAAAAAAGAUAUUCACAACACUCACAAAACGUUUUACUUUGCUGGAGUCGCCACAGCUCAGGCAUUUGCACUAUCUGGAAAUGGAACCGUAGAUAAAAUCAAUCAUGGCACAGAGAUCGAAAAGGUUACACUUUCUGGAAGUAAUAGAGAAUUUUUUGACAUUCAAUAUACAAGAGACUUUUGUAUAAUAAGGUAUUUUGAUCGACCACAUCUUUUGUUUUUAUACGGACGUCUAUAUUAUGGAGGUCAUGACAUUGAGCAUGCAAUGAUAGAUUUGUCAAGAAUAGUUCCAUAUGACUUGUAUUCAAAAUGUGUCACAAAUGUGGAUAAUUUUUAUAGAGAUAUUGUUCAGAUUAGAAUUCAACCUAUUGGAUUUGCAGUUUAUUGUGACUUUAUCAAAUACUCCUACUCGAGAAUGAGCCAACUACUUUUCAAAGCUCUGAAUCCAGAGAAUCCAAACAACCAUUUAUUUUUUGACAUUUCAAUUGUUUAA